GCCGAGUCCUAAUGUCGACGCGUCCAAAGAUUUUACGUUCAACGAGGUGGGCUGUCUUCGUGCCAGUACAAAUAAAGUUAUGUGCUGCCAUUUCUCUUCGAGUGGAAAGCUAUUGGCCAGUGCUGGCCAUGAAAAGAAGGCCGUGCUCUGGAAUAUGGACACGCUAAAACUCCGGAGUACAUUGGAAGAACACACGUCUUUGAUAACCGAUGUUCGGUUUAGUCCAAAUUCGAUGCUGUUAGCGACAUCAUCCUUUGACGAGACUGUACGAGUAUGGCAUGCAGACAAUCCAAGCUAUUCCUUGCGCACUUUUACUUGCCAUCAAACAUCGGUCAUGUCCUUAGAUUUCCAUCCAGCGAACAAAGACCUCUUGUGUUCGUGCGACAGUGAUAGCGAGAUCAGGUACUGGAGUGUAAGCCAGGGCAUCUGCACCAAAGUCUUCAAGGGUGGCAUGACUCAAAUGCGGUUUCAACCGCGUCAUGGCAGGCUUCUUGCUGCCGCCGCCGAGAACCUAGUUUCUAUCUUCGAUGUCGAUGCCGAGACAUGCAGGCAUUCUCUUCAGAGGCACACAAAGCCAGUGCAUUCCAUAUGCUGGGAUCAAACCGGUGACUACUUGGCUUCCGUCAGCAAGGACUCAGUCCGAGUCUGGACUCUCCGCUCCGGUGGCGAUGGAGAAUGCGUUUACGAGCUAUGCUCGAACGAGAACAAGUUCCAUUCCUGUGUCUUCCACCCGAGCCAUCCGUCGCUACUCAUCAUCGGCUGCUAUGAGUCUCUGGAGCUGUGGAACAUGGUCGAGAACAAAAGCAUGACAAUCCCUGCGCACCAGGGCCUGAUUGCGGCCUUGGCACAGUCGCCAGCGACGGGCAUGGUUGCGUCGGCCAGCCACGAUAAAUGCGUGAAGCUGUGGAGAUAG